CCGGGCCCCGCCCCUGCCCGUCGCCAUGUUGUUCUCUCGACGCUGGGCGGGAGCCGCUGGAGUCAGACCGUGAUAGCGCUUUCUCCGCCGCGUCCAGCCUGCCCGUCUCCGACGGUGUCGCUUUCCUCAUUGCCCCUGGACUGGCCAGGCCGGAGCUCGCGGACAUCCUCCGUGUGGCCGGGAGGCCCGUAGUUGAAUGCUACACUACUCUAGAAGCCUUGAAGUUCUGCCCCUCAAAGUGAUACAUUAAACAACCCAACUCUUUUCUUUAUGGACAAACAUUUUAAGUGCCUUUUAUAGAGAGGAGCUGAAGCUCACAUGCUUCCAUCCGUAACUCAUCCUGAUUUCACAUGCAGUUCCAGGUGCAUUUAUCCCCUGUGGCUCCUUCACGGACUUCCAGUUAAGCACACUGUAAACUUCCCUCACUCUUAUGAUGAGCCUGGCACAGUGCUGAAUCUCUCUCCUCGUUGUCCGCAUCUUCAGUGAAUCUUUCCAAAAGUUCAAGAGAUGAUGAUACUUGAACUGAACAAUUAAGGUUAUGACCUAUGUAGUAUGCUUUUCUUAUUCAGAUUUCCUUAUAGAAUUUAGUUGAAUUGCUAAAAUUGUAUUUUAACCUUGGUGAAGAUUGUUGCAUUUGGGCAAUCAUUCCAAACCGUGGAUUAUAAAAGACUUGACAUUAUAUUGUAAGGCUUCUGAAGUCAAAGAUCUUGAGAUUAAUAAUGGCAGGAAAAUCAUCCCUUUUUAAAGUAAUUCUCCUUGGAGAUGGUGGAGUUGGAAAGAGUUCUCUAAUGAACAGAUACGUGACUAAUAAGUUUGAUGCCCAGCUCUUCCAUACCAUAGGUGUGGAAUUUUUAAAUAAAGAGUUGGAGGUAGAUGGACAUUUUGUUACCAUGCAGAUUUGGGACACGGCUGGUCAAGAGAGAUUCCGAAGCCUGCGGACACCCUUUUACAGAGGUUCUGACUGCUGCCUGCUCACUUUUAGUGUCGAUGAUUCUCAAAGCUUCCAGAACUUGAGUAACUGGAAGAAAGAAUUCAUAUACUAUGCAGAUGUAAAAGAGCCCGAGAGCUUUCCUUUUGUGAUUUUGGGUAACAAGAUUGACAUAAGUGAACGGCAGGUGUCUACAGAAGAAGCCCAAGCCUGGUGCAGGGACAACGGCGACUACCCUUACUUUGAAACGAGUGCAAAAGAUGCCACGAACGUCGCAGCGGCCUUUGAGGAAGCAGUUCGAAGAGUGCUUGCCGUGGAGGAUAGGUCAGACCCCCUGAUUCAGACAGACACUGUCAGUCUGCACCGAAAGCCCAAGGCCAGCUCCUCUUGCUGUUGAUCAGUAGGUUGCCCAUCAUUCUAACCAACUCACACAUACACGCAGAUAAACACGCGGGGAGAAGAGAAUUAGCAUUUGCAGCAGUGGGUCAUCUACUCAUAAAAUGAAACUAAUCACAUUGCUGCUUCAUGAUUGGGUGGGGGAAGGGACACACCACUCGCAGAAGAACCUAUUUACUCAGUAAUGGCAUCUUACAUUUAUAAAUUGUAACGGUUGUCUAAUAACAUUUAAUUUAAAUAUGUAAGUUACAGUGCUAAUAGAUGACCAAGACUUUAAUUCUGAUUAAAACAAAACACUUGAAUAUUCUAGAAAUAUUGCUCUUUUCCUGGGAAAAUGGAAAACUACUUUUUAUAUAUGUAUAUUUUUAUGUAAUUAGCAUUCUAUUCCUGGUUUGGGGGGUAAAAGUUUCCUAAAGCAAUAAUGUUAGAUAUUAAAGAUUAAAGUUGAAUGCAUUUACGCUGCAGUGAUU